AUGGCUUCCCCACCUCACGCACCUGCCGAGGAUGUCUGGCAGGCAAAACGAGUUCUGCAGUUGGAGACUGAGUUACGUCUGGCACAGGACCAGUUGCGUGCCGUCUCUCUUAGCAACGCAAACAAUGUCCUCGUCCUCACGCAGAUCUACAACAUUGCGUCAAUGCCUCAGAAGAGCUCCCAAGCACUUGUGGCCAUCAAGAACUUGCUCAUCCAAAAUACCAAGCACAUGAUGAGUGCCACUGCUGUGUUACCUGCUUCAGUCCUGCCUGGCAGCGGAGGCAACACAGAAACCCCUCCAUCUACUGAAGCUAACAGUCAAUUGUCUCCUGCGACCAGCUCAGAUGACUUCAGCGCCUCUGAUGGCCCUGGGGAUCCCAAAGGCCGCCCAGAUCUUCUUGGUGUCACCCCCCUCAAGGGCUUGAAGACCAAUAACACGACUGACAAAGCAGGGGAGGUCAAGGAGGCAGCCACUUCUGGAAAGGCGAUGAUGCCCAAGAAGCAAGACACGGCGACGAGUGAUCGGCAGAACAAACCGAGCGCCCGGCCACUGGUCAAACAGCAGGCCAAGCCAGAAAUCAAACAGCAUCCUAAGCAGCAAACUAAGCAGCAGGCUAAGCAUCUUGUUCUGACCAAUCCCCAAAGCACUAAGCAAUCCGGCAAGACCGGUGGCCAUUUUGGCAGCAGUGGAGGUGACGGCGGUGAUGAUGCAGACGAAAUCUGGCAAGAGUUUUCUCUUGAAGAGGAACUUGAAGGUAUUGCCGAUGCCCCGGCUAUGAGCCGCGCUGCCAUGCGUGCUGUCCUGCGUGAGAAGGAAGAGGCCACCCGGAAGAGAAUGCGUGAGUCUGCUGAUGAGAAGCGCCGCAUCGCCGAGAAAGAAGGUCAACUGCUCAAGAAGACGUUCCUUCGGCCGUCAGUGCCCCUGGCACCCAUAUCCGAGGUCCCACAGACACAGACGCAAGUGACGCCAAGCAGCAGAGCCAACCAAGGUGUCGGCAACAAGACGGCACACAGCUACCUGCCCACUUCGGCAGCGGGAUUUGCUGCAAUUGGGCAAGAUAAGUCUGCUAUCGACGGAGCGCGCAAGGCUCCCGGUGCUGCCCCUUUCCUGCCAGACGUCGCAACAGACAUUGACGACGAACUUGACGGUGAGCGACCAGCAUUCUCAUACCAACAAAUGUUUCCUCGAAACCGGAAGUGGUUCUCUAAUCAUGCAACUGCAGAGGUGAAUCUGCCUCCCGGAAUGAUAAGCGUUAAGCAUGCCUCUCCGAAGAACGCGGAUCGCUUUGGGAUUGUUUUCAAUCCAUUCAAGCUCGACGCUGAGACUGUGGCCGGGAUCACUGGCUCUAGCCAAGGCAAUGACAAUCGCCGCUCCGUUCUCAUUCGGAACAUCCCGCACGACUUUUCGAUGCACAAGCUCCUAGCACAUAUCCAUGGAGGUGUUGUUAUCAUGGCGCGACUUGUCCCCGAUACUCUGGGUCCUAGACACGGCCAGGUCGCCAUGAUCACAUUCAAGACUGCGCAGCAGGCUGCCGAUUGUAUGGCAAUCACGCCUGUUUUGCUGGCUCGCUCAGAGGAACUUGAAGGGGGGCCUCUCGACCCGGCAUCGAGAAUGUCCAUCAAGUUGCUGCCGACGCACACGUACCCGUCCCGUGAGACAAUUGUGGCAGCAGAUUCGCCAAAUCGGGGCCUGGUUGCCGUUGAGGAGAAAACACGCUGUAUUGUUGUGAAGGACUUUCCCAAGCAGUUCGUCAACGAUCUAUGCACCGAGCUCUUGCUCGAUGUCCGGCGCUUUCCAUCAAAUAUGAACGCUCUAGAAGAGAUGUGGUUCGCUGACGAAAACCUACACAUGCACUUCACUAGCAUCCGGGAAGCCGAGAAAGCGCAUCGCAUCGUGUCCAUCUUCCACUUUGAGAAGUAUGCCUCACAAGUUCAUUUUGUGCCGGACCCUUGCGCAGCGCCUGUCGACAAUGGCAGCUUGUGUGGCCUCUUCGACAGCAACGGGAUAAAGCUCGCGAGCCACGGGUACAUGGGGCUCAAGUCUCUCUUGGAGAGCGUUGGGCUCGCCUCAUACUCCCGCAGCCACAUCAAGCCCCCCAUUGCUGCAAACAGAAACGCGGCGCCUCUUGCGGUUGGCAAAAUGUCUUUUGCCACGCUCCUCUCGACGGCUCGAGUGGUGGCUGCCUCCCAGAACAGCGGCACCAAGUCAUAUUCGUCUCGGGCAAGAAAGCAGACGCAGUCGCAGGCUGAGACACAUGGACAGACAGAAGCGCAGACCAAUUAUGACAACACGCUCAUUGAUCUGUGUUUUGACACGACUCCGGAAACCACCAGCCAGAACAGUGUUCCUGCGUCGCAGUGGGAUGGUUUCUCCCGCGGCAGCUUGAGUGCGCCAUGGACAACGGAUCUAAUGGUGGGUUUGGACCAAAUGUGA